AUGACUGGAAAUGAUGAAACGACAGAAGCUGUUUUACGAGUGCUCGAUCCACCAUUGGUAGCGUCUAGAGGCCUUGGUCUACUGAGCGAUGGCUUUGUUUCGGACAACUCCCCAUUCGAAGAGACGAACCCAAAUGGGUCUUGGAUAGGAUGGAGCAAACAUCACACAGAUGGCACAGUCACGCUCCUUUUCGAAUUCGACCAACUACGAAAUUUUUCCGAAAUUCUACUUGCUGCUUACGGCCAUCGCCUCAAUAGCAUCGAUGUAAUUUUCAGGUAAGU